AUAGGCGGCGGUCUGAUUUGCGGAAAGGCGUCCAGUCGACUCGUGGGAUGGCGACGGCGUUAGGCGAUUGAGAUGAGCGAAGUUGACGGGUGCGUUAGCCUACUAUAGAGGCGGCGGAGUUACUGUAAGGAAACCAUGGUUAGUGGCGCAGAACAGGUGCAAUGCCCUCGUGCACGGUGACAAUCCUGGUAGUUGGUGACUUACUCACACGGUGUGAAUCACUCUGCACGCUGCUCGUCGAUCGACACUUUAAAUCGAGCAAGGUCGAGCGGUUCGCACCCGCCUCGUAGUUGACAAGCGUCGAUCAGACUCUCCUCACCAUCCGUUCGUGUCGUCUCGGUCGAGCCUCCAUCGCUGCCUUCCCUGGCAGCAGCGUCCUUCACUCUCCCGCCAUUGUCUACCGGUUCAACCGGAACCUACCAUCGCACCAUUGUCCCGUAGCUCCGUAUAAGCAUCCUCGCUACCCGCGACUUUGUCGAACCACCCUUUUCGGAAUCCGUCAGGAAAAACAGUCGGUCUCGCAACGAGAGGCGUGACGGGUGCCGCUUGCUUUCGGCGAAUCCAAUUCGGCGCCUUGAAGUCGUGUUCGUCCGACCGUUCGAGUCGACUCUCAAAGGUCACUUCGACCAGCUGCGUUCAUCAGCCUAUCCGUGCCUGCCACCUGUCGCCUGACCCCUCCGAGUCGGCCAGCUUUCUUGUCUCGGAGAAUCGUCACGGCAGCACGGCAAGAGCGAGGCAGGAGGACGAGCAGCAAUGGUGGCGGCGCAAGCGACGGCGCAGCUGGAUGGGGUGCGCAAGAGCGUUCCGGUGGUGGAGCAGCCAGCGCCACUAGUUCCGGCGACAGACGCAGUUCGGCUGGGAGAGUUGGUUCGGCUGGGCGAGUCGGUUCGGCCGGGCGAGUUGGUUCGGCCAGGCGAGUUGGCUCGGCCAGGCGGGUUGGCUCGGCCAGGCGAGGCUGGUCGCUUCCUCUCCGGAAUGCGAGUUGUCGUGGGCGGCUCUUCUGCCGACCUUGCCGCUCAGGCUGCAAAGGACGUGAGGCGAGCUGGAGGAACGGUGCUCCCCGCUUAUGACCCAACCUGCUCCCUGGUGGUCGUGCAUGGGCUCACCAUGGAGGACGCUCUGUGCAUGCAGGCAGAGAGCGACGGCAAGGUGAUGGUCACUGCCACGUGGCUUUCGCACUGCCUCAACCACUCCCGCAUCCUGCCCCUCUCCUCGGUUCUCCAUCGCCCCCUCCGCUUCAGGGGUGGCAUUCCAGGCGCACAGCAGCUGGUGCUGUGCCUCACGGGCUACAGUGGCAGCAUGCGGCGAGAGGUGGAGGUGCUGGCUCGGCUCAUGGGGGCGCGCUUCUCCCGGAAUCUCAAGGUUGGGGAAUGCACACACCUCGUGUGCUAUGAGCUCAAAGGCAGCAAGUACGACAUGGCAAGGGCCCGCAACAUCACCACCGUGAACCACAUGUGGCUGGAGGACUGCGUGCAACAGUGGAGGCUGGUGCCCGAGGAGCGAUACUCUAUCAGCGGCGAGCAGGCGGAGCUGCAGCGCCUGCAGGAGGCCACGGCAGCGGCGGCAGCAGCGUUGGAGGCUCAGGUGCGAGCUGCAACCAGCCAGGCCUCUGCUUGCACGCCUGGGAGAAGUGACGCCGAGCGGAAGACAACAGCUCUUGCCACCCAAGCAGCGGGUAGGGCAACAGGAGGUGGAGCGUGCCGUGCGGCGGGGCCGCUAGAGGGUGGUGAAAGAACGACGGUUGCACAAGAGGGAGGGGGGGCAGUUGCAGGGGAGAGUGGUGGUGUGCGCGCGGGGAACGGCGAGGUACAAGGCAGUGCGCUGAGAGGUGGGGGCAGGUGGAGUGCUGGUGCAGCAGAUGCAGCCCACGGGACACAGACGGCAAAAGAGAGAGGUGGGCCUGGUAUUGAGGCACGUCAAGUAAAAAGAGGUGCUGUGGAUGAGGUAUGUGAGGAGGGUCGUGGAAAGGCGGGUGAGCGGAUGGAAAGAGUAAACGCAGAGGAUGAGAUCAGGGUGAAGAAAGGGGAGGAGGGGCGGAAUGGGGAGGAGGGGGAGGGUAAGAAGGAAAAUGAGGGAGUGGAGGAGGAAGAGGAGAAGGAGGGGGAGGAGGAAGAGGGGGAGGAAACGGAGGAGGAAGGGGAAGAGAAGGGAGGAGAGGAGGACGGAGAGGAGGACGGAGAGGAGGAGGAUGCAGACGAAGUGCCUUGCGGGCAAGAGGUGGAGGGCGCGGAUUGGGACACUGAGGAGGAGGGAGGUGAGGAGGGAUGUGAGGAGGGGGGUGAGGAGGAGGGGAUGAGAGGGGUGGGUAUGUGGCGCCAACUAGCUGAGGCUCAGGAUAGGGAUGGAGGCAGGGACUGUGAGGGCGGGGAAGGCAGGGUGCGGCCUCCUGGCACGGAGGGCAGGGGUUGCGAGGAAGCGGAGCAGUCUCGGGGCCCAGAAGGUGGGGGUGAGGGGAGCGGUAGGGGUGGGGAGGAAAGUAGAGCGAGACCUGGUAUGGAGGGCAGGGUUUGCGAGGAAGCGGAGCAGUCUCCGGGCCCAGAUGGCGUGGUUGUGAACCUGAGAGGCAUCUUUGACACCGUGGCAGAUGCUGUAAUACCUGGCGCGGCAGUUUCUGUAGCAGCACCCACACCGGGGCGUAUAGCUGAGCCUGUAACUGGUGCUCAUACAGGCCCUGCAGGCAGCACUGCAGUAGCAGGCAAGCUCACAGCCAGUGAGGCCAGCGGGGUGGGCAGGGGAGCAGAGAGCGCAUUGGAGUCGACGCAUAAGGGGGGCGGGCCAGCAGGGAGCACCGCAGUCAGACGUACAGGGGUUCAUCGCAUGGGCCCAGGUCUGGUUGUAGCAGAGCAGGCUGUAGCAGAGCGGGCGACAGCUGGAGUCACUGGUGCUGCUGGUGCUGUAACAGGGGGAGCAGGUGUGUACCCAAGCUGUAGCCCACUGGCAGGAGGGAGAGGGCGGAAUGGUGAAGAGAGAGGAAAGGGGAGCAGGGGAGGGGAGGUCAGUCCGCUUCAGCCAAGCGGCCAGGGAAGUGUGGCUGGUGGUGUGGGUGAUGCGGCAGAGGCAGGUGAUGUGGCAGGUGAUGCGGCAGAGGCUGAUGAUGAGGCUGAUGAUGAGGCUAAUGAUGUGGCUGAUGAUGUGGGUGAUGAUGAGGCUGAUGAUGUGGCUGAUGAUGUGGGUCAUGAUGAGGCUGAUGAUGUGGCUGAUGAUGUGGGUGAUGAUGAGGCUGAUGAUGUGGGUGAUGUGAGUCCGGAUAUUGGUGGUGGGAGGCGCCGAAGGACUGGGGAACGUCCACAGGACGAGCAGCAGCCGCAGCAGCACCACCACCACCAUCAGCAAAAGGUGGAAGUAGGUGGUAGGAGCGCCGCAGUCCUGUCACCCGCACGGCCACAGGUACAGUCGCAGUCCUAUCCUCCGGGCAGUGUGCAUCGAGGCAUCGGCAUGGCAGUGGACAUGGGGGGAUUGAGCUGCAGCUCGGGGGGUGCUGGUGGUGGGAAGCAGGGAGGAAACGCGAUUAGCAGGAGGGGUGGAGGGAGGAGCACUGGGAGCAAGCCCGGGAGUAUCACAAGGGAGAAGAGCCAUCGCAACCCCGGGCAGAGAGACGGGUGGCAGGUGGAUGGUGGUGGGGAGGGAGGGAGUAUGGUUGGUGGCAGCAAGGGUACGCUGGCUGAGAGAAGAAAGGCGGCUGAGGAUGGUGGUGGGGGUGGUAGUAAUGAGGAUGCUUGUAAGGAGGACGACUGUGAUGGUGACCAUGAGGAUGAUAAUAAAGAGGAUGGUCCUGAUUGUGAUGAUGGGAAUGGCACAUGUGGUGAGGGUGGAAGUGAGGAGGAAGCAGAUGGAAUCAAGCAUGGGGCACACACUGGCAAGGAUAAGGCCAACGCUGGGGAAGGAAACGAGGAUGAUUGUAACGAGGAUGGAGAUGAGGCUCUUGUAUCCUCGCUUCCUGAUUGGCUGCAAGGUGAUGUGGUGAUUGGACAGGUGGCACCCUCCCCAUUGGUCAAAACCUUCCACAGGAGAAAACUGGCCAAUCGUGUGGGAGAGGCGAAGAGUGGGACAAAGGGAGAGGGGGGGGGAGAGAGGGUAGUGGAGAUGGGGAAGGGGGGAGAGGAGAAGGGAAGGAAGAGAAGGAAAGAAGGUAAGUUGGACGGCACAGCAGACAGGGAGCCUCUGGGAAGAAUCUCCACCUGUGCUGACGACGAAGGGGGGGAGAUGAGAGGGGCAGGUGGGAAGAUGGGAGGGAAAGCAGGGAAGGAGAACGCAGAGGAGGAAUGGCCGGCUGGAAAGGGGCUGGUGAGAGGUGUGAGCAGUGCAGAUGGGGGGAAAGGAGGUCGGGUAGGUGGGAAGGGAGGAAGUGGGGGGAGGGGCAGAGGCACACAAGUAAGGGGUCUGGAUGUAGAGGGAGGGAGAGAGGGAGGGAGAGAGGGAGGGAGGGAGAAGGGUGCAGGGAAGAGGGGACGAAGGGAGGAGGAGGGGGUGAGGGAGCGGAAAGGGGCUAUGCGGAGACAGGGGAGGAAGAGGAGACAUGAAGAGAUGCUGGAAGUCGAGGAGAAGGGGGAGGGGGAGGAGGAGGGGGGGGAGGAGGACGAGGAGGAGGAGGAGGAGGAGGAGGAGGAGGAGGAGGAGGAGGAGGAGGAGGAGGAGGAGGAGGAGGAGGAGGAGGAGGAGGAGGAGGAGGAGGAGGAGGAGGAGGAGGAGGAGGAGGAGGAGGAAGCCGAGGAGGAGGGGGAGAUUCGGGUUGCUGAGCUGGAGGAUGGGACGAGAGGUGAGGGAGAGAAGGGGGGGGAGUUGGAGGGUGACGCUGCAGGUGGUGGGGAUGAAGCGGAUGGCGCUUGGGAGAGGAGCAGGAGAAAGACAGCAGCUGGCAGAAAUGAGGUGGAGACGCGGAGAAAAAUGGGUAUCCAAGGAGACAGCGAUGAUGAGGUUGUUGCAGUGGAGGAGGGGGAGGACGAGAUGGAGGACGAGGAGGGCGAAGGGUCACACAGAUAUGCGGCUGCUGCUGCUGCUGCUGCUGCUGCUGCUGCUGCUGCUGAGGCUGCUGAGGCUGGGAAUGGUAGGAAGAGGGGGCGGAAGCGUACUGUUGUGGAGGACAGUAGAGAUGUGAAGGGUAGAGGAACGAAGCAGGCGAGAGGGAGAUCAAAUGGGGGUGAGGAGGGCAUGACAGACGAGAAAGGUGCUGGCAAGAGCAAGGGUGCAGUGGAGGGGAGUGGAGAGGCGAAGGGCAAGGGAAAGAAGAGGACGAGAGGGCGAUCGGCCGGGGACAAGGAGGACACAGCAGAGAAGGAAGGUGCAGGCAAGACUGGUGGUGUUCCACCUCUAUACCCUGCAAGCAAAGCUGCUGCGUCCACUGCCAAACGCGCUACUAGUGCCAAGGCAGGUGUAGCUUCCCUGACGCCUAUAACACGGUUUUUCCAGCCAAUCGGCAGCUCCGGAUCCAGCCACAGUGGCAGGAGCACCGGUGCUGCCCCUGGCAGUGGCGUUGGCAGUGCGCCGCUCAAACGCACAGAGAAACUCAUUGCAGCCAUGGCAGCUGGACGGUGGGUGCUGACCCCGGACUACCUGACAGCGAGUGCGUCAGCGGGCCAUUUCCUCCCGGAGGACGCCUACGAGUGGCGGGGCGACGGCAGCAACAGGGACGGCACCGUCGAGCUCGCAGCCCCCGGCACGUGGCGCCUGCGGUGCAGGAUGAACGGCGGGAGAGGGGCGUUCUUUGGUGCUCGGGUGCUGCUGGUGCCGCCACCAGAUAGCCUGUCAUCUAUGGACGUGCUGCAUCGCAUCCUCACGGCUGGGGGGGCAGCGGUGACUCAAACGGCGGAGCCCUCUGUGGCUGCAGCGCUGGCGCCCCAGUUUGACUUCGUGGUCUUAAAGCCAGAAACAACUGAGAGAGACCCCAUGGCACGGCGCCUGCUCGCCCCCUCGCGCCAGUCCCAGCCCGCCCUGGUCUCUCCCGACUUCUUCAUCGCCCUCAUCGCCCUCCCCUCCUCCAUGCAAGCCUCCCCCAUGCCCCAUGUGCUCUUCGCCUCCGAGCCAGCUGUCCUUGCCUCAUUGGCCGACCUGCGCAGGAGGCAGAAGGGCUUGAGGGAGCCAGCCCAGCAGCAGCAGCAGGAGGAGGGGGAAGGGGGGGAGGAGGAGGAGGAGGAGGAGGAGGAGGCUGCUGAGGGGGAAGGUGGGGUUGUUGAGAACGGCAGAAAGGCCAUGCAUUUGAAGAAUUUGCCGCAGACAUAUGACGCUGGUCGCAGUAAUGGCAAAAGUGCUGCUGAUGCUGAUGGUGACACUGACACUGAUCAAGAUGGCAACGGAGACAGCAUUGCCUGGGAGGCCAUGGCUCAUGUGCGUCUGGGUGAGAGCCUUGGCCUCUCCGGCUUCUCAGAGGAAUCACAGGACGUUGGUGGCGCGGCUGCUGCUGCUGCUGGUGCUCCUGGUGGUUAUGGGUUGCAGAACGGCAAAGCAACGGCUGGUGGUGAAAGCGAUAAGGAGUUGAUAAGGAGUCAAAAAGGUGGGACAGAGAGGUGCACCAAGGAGCAGGGAAGGAGAGGGAGGACGGAAAAGGCACGAGAUGUGAGGCCUGCAAAGAAAGGGAAACGGUCAGAUCCCUGAUGCUGUGAAACAAUGCUGAGGCUGAACUGUUUGGUUUGUGUACAGGUCUGGUCUGGUUACUACUGGCCAAUGUUCAUGUCUUGCUUGCUUCAACAUAAUCAAACGAGAUCUAAUGC